GGCGCCGGGUUUCCCGCGGUCGAAGGAGAAUCGCUCUUAAAGGGCCAGCCCACUCGCGUCCUUUUGUUCCGGGGCCGCAGGGCGGGGCAGGCCCAACUUUCGCUGUAUCCUGGUCUACUCUCCAGAACGGCCAUGAUUUCCCAGUUCUUCAUUCUGUCCUCCAAGGGGGACCCGCUCAUCUACAAGGACUUCCGCGGAGACAGCGGAGGCCGGGAUGUGGCCGAGCUCUUCUACCGGAAGCUGACGGGACUGCCUGGAGACGAGUCUCCGGUUGUCAUGCACCACGAUGACCGUCAUUUUAUUCACAUCAGACACAGCGGCCUCUAUUUGGUGGCCACGACUUCAGAAAACAUUUCUCCCUUCAGCCUCCUAGAGCUGCUCUCCCGGCUAGCCACGCUCCUGGGUGAUUACUGUGGCUCCCUGGGUGAGGGGACCAUCUCCCGCAACGUGGCUCUGGUCUACGAACUUCUGGAUGAAGUGCUGGACUAUGGCUAUGUACAGACUACAUCCACGGAGAUGCUGAGGAACUUCAUCCAGACGGAGGCUGUGGUCAGCAAACCCUUCAGCCUCUUUGACCUCAGCAGCGUUGGCCUGUUUGGGGCUGAGACACAACAGAGCAAAGUGGCCCCCAGCAGUGCAGCCAGCCGCCCGGUGCUGUCCAGCCGCUCUGACCAGAGCCAAAAGAAUGAAGUGUUUCUGGAUGUGGUCGAGAGAUUGUCCGUCCUGAUAGCCUCUAACGGCUCGCUGCUGAAGGUGGACGUGCAGGGAGAGAUACGACUCAAGAGCUUUCUGCCCAGCGGCUCUGGUGAGCAGCCUGCAGGCUGGACCAGGGUGGGGUUUGGGACAGGCUCCUUGGUGGCAUGUAUGGGGUAUUUGGCUGCUGCUUCUGUUCUUUCCUCUGACAGAGAUGCGCAUCGGCUUGACGGAAGAGUUUUGUGUGGGGAAGUCAGAACUGAGAGAAGAGGGGUCUUUCUCUCUUUCCAGGUUAUGGGCCAGGAAUUCGGGUGGAUGAGGUCUCAUUUCACAGCUCGGUGCAUCUGGAUGAGUUUGAAUCUCAUCGAAUCCUCCGCCUGCAGCCACCUCAGGCUGACGGUGAUGAGGUAUCAACUCUCAGAUGACCUCCCCUCCCCGCUCCCCUUCCGGCUCUUUCCCUCCGUGCAUUGGGACCGAGGCUCAGGCAGGCUCCAGGUUUAUCUGAAGUUACGAUGUGACCUGCCCCCAAAGAGCCAGGCUCUCAACGUCAGGCUGCACCUUCCCCUGCCACGGGGGGUGGUCAGCCUGUCUCAGGAGCUGAGCAGCCCAGAGCAGAAGGCAGAGCUGGGGGAGGGAGCCCUUCGCUGGGACCUUCCUCGGGUGCAGGGAGGCUCUCAGCUCUCAGGCCUUUUCCAGAUGGACGUCCCGGGCCUCCCUGGGCCUCCCGGCCAAGGCCCCUCCACCUCGGCUCCUCCUCUGGGGCUGGGCCCCGCCAGUCUCUCGUUUGAACUUCCCCGGCACACAUGCUCUGGCCUCCAGGUUCGCUUCCUCAGGCUGGCGUUCAGACCAUGCGGCAACGCCAAUCCCCACAAGUGGGUGCGACACCUAAGCCACAGCGACGCCUACGUCAUUCGGAUCUGAGGCUCCCAAACGAGGACACGGGUGGCAAAGGAGGUGAUCUGUGCAUCAGGAGAAGGACAACGUUUCCUCUCCCAGCAUCCUGGCCUGUGGCUGUGGCUCUGGCUGGAAGGGUCCUGAGUCCUAGAGAGCAGGGGGGCUCCACGGGUUCAAGCGCCCGUCCGUGGGAUCUGACCCAGGAAGGACUGAGGUGGAUCACAAUUUAAAAAUCAAACUUUUAUUCUGAGGAACUGACUGUACAAUACUGAAAGAGAAAGUCACGUGGGGGAAGCUGA